GAACGCUUUAGUGUAAACUCCUCGCACUGAUGUGCACUAGUGCAGAAAGUGUUUCGAAAAAAAACAGACCUAUUGUUGCAAAUGGCGAAAUAUCGUCCGAAUCGAGCAUUGGUGCAUUUUUAGAAAUUAUUAGAUUGGUGCACCAAUCAGAACGCAAUACGAUGACCCCGGGUCGAGUGUACAAAUCGAAAACGCCAAGAGAGAGAGUUUCGGGACGCAGCCAUAACAUAACCUUUAAUGACCGAAGUAAUCAACAUAUAGCAGCUAACAGUAAUUUUUCAAUUUACAAGACGGUUAACUUUGUUUACCUCGCAAGCAGUUCAUUUUAUUUAUAAUUGCAAACAUCGUAUUUGAAUUUUAUGGAGAAUGGAAGAGAUGGACAUUGAAAACGAAAAAGGAGAUUCUCGAGAAGACGAAAUCGAUGAAAUGUCUGAUAGUGAAACAGACGAGCAAAUGGACAUAAAAGUCAACAAUAAGAGUGAGUCCAACAGCAGUGACGACAACGACGAAAAUGACGAUGACGAGGAUGCCAAUGAGGCGGAAGUGAAAUCUUUGGAGACUAAUCUAGCGAAAAAUUUAUAUGAUUACGGUAGCCAUGUAGCCCUGAUCAACAAACUGCAGAAGAUGGGUGAACUGGAGCGCUUGCGAACUGCUAGAGAGAAUAUGAGCACCGUGUAUCCAUUAAGUCCUGAGCUCUGGCUGUCUUGGAUACAAGAUGAAAUAAGUUGUGCAACUACAGCUGAACAGAAAGAGAAUAUAGUCAAAUUAUGCGAGCGAGCUGUCAAAGAUUAUCUCUCUGUAGAAGUAUGGCUAGAAUAUUUGCAAUUCAGCAUUGGAAACAUGUCUACAGAAGAAGGUAGAGUUAAGGAUAUUCGUCAACUUUUUGAACGUGCAUUAACUACCGUUGCACUGCAUACUGUCAAAGGAGCAAUUAUAUGGGAAGCAUUCCGAGAAUUUGAAAAUGUUCUACUGACAUUGAUUAAUGCUGAAAAUAUAGCAGAAAAGAAGGAGCAAUUGGGGCGCAUUGGCAAUUUAUUUCGACGGCAAUUGGCUUGUCCUCUUUUAGACAUGAAUAAGACAUAUGAGGAAUACGAAUUGUGGCGUGCAAGAGAUGGUGCUGAAGCAAUUAUAGAUGAGAGUAUUGUUUCAAGAGGUUACAAACAAGCUACCGCAAAAUUAAACUCCCUUUUUAUUUAUGAGGAGAAACUUACCUCUGCACAAGGCGAAAACGAACUACUUGAUGCGUACAAAGGAUACUUACUAUAUGAGAAACAGCAGGACGAUCCAGGACGUAUUACAGUUCUGUACGAAAGAGCCAUAACCGAUUUGAGUUUAGAUGUGUCAAUUUGGUUAGACUAUCUCACUUAUCUAGAGGAUAAGAUCAAGAUCGAACAUGUAUUGGAUGAGGUUUAUCAAAGAGCAUCGAGGAAUAUUCCAUGGUGCUCGAAGGUUUGGCAAAAAUGGAUAAGAUCGUAUGAGAGAUGGAAGAGGCCUGUACUGAAAGUACAAGAAUUAUUAGAAAACGCCUUGACUGCUGGCUUCCCGACGGCGGAAGAUUAUCGAAAUUUGUGGAUUGCAUAUCUCGAGUAUCUGCGACGCAGGUAUGAAGUAGUUGCUGAGGAGGAAGAUAAACGUCUGGACGUCCUCCUUGACACAUUUAAUAGAGCAUGCGACUAUAUGGCUCGAUGUUUCGGAUUGGAUGGUGAUCCUAAUUGCGUUAUCCUGCAAUAUUGGGCAAGAACCGAAGGGAUACAUGCGAAUAAUAUGGAGAGAGCCAGAGUAUUGUGGGCUGACAUCCUUUCGCAAGGACAUUCUACGAAAGCGUCCUAUUGGCUGGAAUAUAUAGCGCUAGAAAGAUGCUGCGGCGAUACGAAACAUUUGAGAAAAUUAUAUUCCAAAGCGUUGGCUUCGGUAAAAGACUGGCCGGAAAGUAUAGUGAAUUCGUGGAUAGACUUCGAGCGUGACGAAGGUAAUUUAGAGCAGAUGGAAAUUUGUGAGGGAAAAACGAGAGAGAGGCUUGAGAAAAUUGCAGAAGAAAGGCAGAAUAUCCAGGAAGUUGAAAGCGAAUCGUCUACGCAGAAUAAGAAAGCGAACAAACGAAAAUCAGAUGACACUGGUAAAUGGAAAAACUUAAGCUGUUCUCAGUCAAAGAUCAUAAGAACCGAUAAAAUACAAGUGAAGCCGAAGUUACGAGACGUCGAUCGUUUGAGUAUUACAGCAAAUAAUAAUGAAACAGAAUCGAAACUUGUACUGUCGCCUGCUCCUAAAGCGACAGAGGAUAAAGAUGUAGAUGCAAAUAAUCUAAAAGAAGUGGACAGUAAUAUCACAGUUUUCGUCAGUAAUUUGGAUUACACAGCGACUGAAGAAGAAGUGAGGAAUGCCAUGAAACCAGCCGGGUCAAUAACAUUAUUCAAGAUGAUCAAAGAUUACAAGGGGCGUAGCAAAGGAUACUGUUACGUACAAUUAAGCAGCGCGGAAGCCGUGGAAAUAGCUUUAAAGUUGGAUAGGACCGUGAUAAGAGGGCGUCCUAUGUUUGUGUCAAGAUGCAAUCCUAACAAAACUACCAGAAGUUCUGGAUUUAAAUACAGCUCUACACUCGAAAAGAAUAAACUGUUUGUUAAAGGAUUACCGGUUACAACAACAAAGGAGGAGCUUGAAGAGAUAUUUAAGAUUCACGGACCUUUGAAAGAAGCUCGUCUAGUUACUUACCGUAACGGUCAUUCGAAAGGUUUGGCUUACGUUGAGUAUUAUGACGAAGCAACCGCUGCAAAAGCCCUUUUAGGUACCGACGGCAUGCAAAUUCAUGACAGAAUAAUCAAUGUCGCUAUAAGUCAGCCGCCUGAUCGUAAACAGACUCAAAUUGCGCAAGACAACGAUGGACAGAUCAAGUCGUUAGGUGGAACAACAACUAGCCGUACAAUGUUCGGCGUACCCAAGACUUUAUUGUCCAUGGUACCUCGUAAUGUUAAGACUAGUAAUAAUGAUAAUAAUAGUACUAAUGAGAGUGCAAAUCUGGCUGGAAACAGAGUCUCACAGUUAAUGAGUAAUCAAGAUUUCAGAAAUAUGUUACUUAAUAAAAAAUAAGGUAUACGUUA